AUGGAGGAAGGAAGCAGCAGCGUAGAGAUGGCCGGGGCGGUGAUUGCUUUCAAAUUGAAAGAGGCGUCGAGUUGGUGGCAAGAUAUUAAUGAAUCACCGGUCUGGCAAGAUCGCAUCUUUCACGUCCUCGCCGGCCUCUAUGGCCUCGUCGCCGCCGUUGCUCUUAUUCAAUUGAUAAGGAUACAACUGAGAGUUCCUGAAUACGGCUGGACUACGCAGAAGGUUUUUCAUUUUCUCAACUUCCUGGUGAAUGGGGUUCGAUGUCUAGUAUUUGUUUUUCGCCGGAACAUAGAAGGCAUACAUCCACCGAUUUUCCAACAUAUUCUCCUUGAUUUCCCAAGUCUUGCAUUCUUCACCACAUAUGCGCUUCUGGUUCUGUUCUGGGCAGAGAUUUACUAUCAGGCACGUGCGGUAUCUACUGAUGGACUCAGGACUAGUUUCUUCACAAUUAAUGCUGUGGCUUAUGUCAUUCAGUGUGAGUCAGAUGCUAUCUGUGUCCUAUCCCACCUGCUAUCUUUUUUUACUAGCCUGCAUCCUCUGGAGGAAGGUCAAGGUUCAGCCCAUAAAUUGGUCCUUUAUGACUCCAGUCAUGGUUCUGUUUUUCAUGAAGUGGUCAGAGAUAAAGUGUUAGUUACUUGGGGCCACUUCAAAAGUUUUAUGAGGAUGCCAGUGGUUGCACACAUGCUCUUCUUAAUGUUGCAGCGAUUCCCUGUGGAAUCUAAAGGGCGGCGUAAGAAAUUGCAAGAGUUAAGUGCUUACAUGAGAAGGGGAAUGCUAGCGGCAGUCACUUUGACAGCCGCGAGUGACACUCCCAGAACCAUGUGCUUUGAUGCAUUUGAUGAAGCUGCAGACCUUGAUGUGUUGGAUCAUCCAGUUCUCAACUUCAUAUAUUACUUGCUGGUGGAGAUUUUACCUUCUUCUUUGGUUCUUUUCAUUUUGAGGAAAUUGCCUCCAAAACGUGGUAUCACAAAGUAUCAUCCCAUACGUUAA